AUGUCGACUUCUCUAACCCAUCUCCUGCCUCCUACGCCCGCGCAACCGUCGAGCAAAGCCCGCCUGCUCACGCCAACCACCUAUCCUAUUCCUCUGCUCUCUUCCUCGCUCGCAAACCGCUACUCCUACGUCCACACCGUACUCGUCCCGCUGUACUACUAUCUCCGCGUGUCGUCCCUUGUUGCAGACCCGUUCAACACUUUGCUGAGCGACCUGGGCGUCGUCGCGGCCUUGCAGUGUCUGUUUUGUGCUGUCUGCUUGCCGGCUGCCGGGUCCUGGGUGUCCGGUACACCAGACGGCGCCGUUGUGGAAGGCACGGCAAGUCCGGCGCAGAAAAGCCCAAAGAGUGCCAAAGUGUCUGGAGGUGUGGGAGGUGGAAGUUUGAGGAAGAAGAACCUUGGGGGACCAGGCAUUGGCAAAAGCCACGGUCAUGGUGCUGGCAAGGGAGGUUCAGGAGGAGCGGCUGGUGAAGGGAGCUGGGGUGCAAGGAUCAUGCCUACGCUCUUCUCCCUGAUCCUCACGUUCACUCUACCGCCUCUCCCGCUCAGCUUAAUCGCGCUCGUCCUGGGCGCGCCUUUGUACCCUACCUCCCUCCUCCCCCUGACUCUCCUCCUCUCUGUCCAUGUCUCCCUACUCGGCUUUCUGCCGUUAUUCUACACCCACGGCGUCUCCUCCCUCGCAUGGCGCGACGUUGCGGCCGCGUGGCUCCCAUUCGACUCAGUAGGCGUAUGGGGCGCAACAGUGGGAAGCUUUGUAGGAGGAUGGGUGGGUGCCAUUCCAAUGGCGCUGGAUUGGGAUCGCGAGUGGCAGAAAUGGCCUUGUACGGUUAUCUGGGGGGUAGUGAUGGGGUGGACGGUUGGCCGGGCUAUAACGAAUGGCUUGAGAUGGGGCAAGGGAAAGAGGAUCAAUUUGAGCGAGAAGGAGGAACCCGAACCGGCUUUUGAAAGAAAUAUCCAAGUGGAAGGCGGGAAGUGA